AUGCGCUCUUUCGCAAUUAUCAACUUUUUGGCACUGGUCCUGGUGACCUCUGCGCACCCGCUCGAAGCUACGGCCAAUGCUGAUAUUGAGCCAAUGUCCAAUGACGACUGGGACAUCACCGCAACAACUGAACUUCAUCCACGCUAUAUAUCCCACCCGUACGGGCUUCACUGCGCGGGCGAAAAGAAUGGUGACAGAAAGGACCUCGCAAACGCCAUCAAAUACCUCCGCGAAACACGAAACAAGGAAAAGGCACCCUCCCUCAAGCCCGGCAGGUGCCAAACAGCCUCCUGUGCGGGCGAAGCAAAGAUCAAAUGGUGUAACACGAACGAUGAUAAGUUUGGUUUUCGCGACUGGACGGUGAUUGCGAACGCCGCAGAGACCAUCCUCGAUGACUGUAACAGAGGGGACCAAUGGAGUCAGGGUUGGUUUGGAGAUGCCGGUGGUUGGAAAGUAUUUGUUGAGAAGGAGGAUUGCUACAUGCAGCCAGGGCCCGAUGGUCCCAAGUAA